AUGACAGGCGACUCGACGAUCACUGGUCAUGGUGGCCUCGGCUCUGCGUGUGUCGCGCAAAGAGUCAAGAGAGCAAGUGGUAUUUCACCGGGCUUAUCCGGGCGCUCCAAGCCCUACAAAUUGUAA